AUGUUGACAGAAUUAAUCUUCUUCAUAGUGCUGGCAAUAGACUUGUGUAAUGUCACCCAUACUGCCUUGGAGGCGGGCUCAGUCGGUGAUGUGGUAAAUGGUUACGCCAGUUGCCUCCACUUGCCCACUGUGGCAACAUCGGUAGUCACCAAUAUGUCAAUUUCACCCACCUCAGAAGCAUAUAAACCUAAAGGACACGCAAAAAAGCUCAGUCUUACCCAUGUGAAGCAGAAGAUUGGACUAGGUACAGUCAAAGCCAUAGCUCCGGAGAUUUAUAGCGUUUUGAAGAUCUCAUUGAGGGUAUCUGUCGAGGCGCUUGAAAAAGCUCCAAUUCCAGGACUCAAAGCUGCAGGCACUGGUUUGCUCUCUCUCUUGAAAGCAAUCGACGUGAUACAUCAUCAAGCCGCUUUGCUCUCAAACGGAGAAUGGAACUCGAAUUCCCUACGAUUUGGAAACCAGAAUCGAGAAGCUUGGGAGGAUAUAGAUAGGACAUUAAAUCAGAACGGUAUGUUCAUUUCGUUCACUACGGAGGUUACUGAAAUAUGCCCAGUUCGUGACGGAACGCCAGAGAGCUUGCCAUAUGUUCCCGCUCGAUACAAAGAUCAGCGCGAGAACAAGCAAAUCUCAACAUGUCUACCGAAUACGCGUGUGGAGCUUCUUAGAAUGAUAGAUGAUUGGGUUCAUGACCGCAAAAAGCCUCCAAUCUUCUGGCUCAGUGGGAUGGCAGGAACCGGAAAAUCGACAAUCGCAAAAACAUUUGCUCAAUCCCUCGAUGGGAAAACUCCGCAAGACUAUUUAGGAGCAUCGUUCUUUUGCUCACGAGAUGAAGAGAAGCUCAGUAGGGACUAUUUAAUCAUUCCAAAUAUCGCCUAUCAACUUGCGCAAUAUGACGAAGGAUUCCACUCAGGAGUUUCUGCCACUCUACAGGUGGAUCCAAAUGCAGCAGACCUCGAUCUAGAAAAUCAGUUUCAAAGGCUCAUUUUGGAGCCACUCCAAAACACAACGAAAAAGAGAACGCUCAUAGUGAUUGUCAUGGACGCCUUGGAUGAGUGUAGUGGAAAACCAGAAGAGAUAGUUGCGUUAUUUUCAAGUCCACAACUGGCCGAUCUCCCGUUCUCGAUCAAGCUCUUCGUUACAGGACGACCUGAAGCCAAAAUCCGUCAAGCUCUUGCUCAUUCUAACGUCAAGAGUCGAAUACAGCCGCUUCAACUACAUGAAAUAGAAGGUUCGAUCGUUAAGGGUGACAUAAUGGUGUUCCUCAAUCACCAUUUCAAGCUCAUGGUCGAUGUUCGACCACAUCUCCCGACAGGUUGGCCGCCAGAAACAAAUAGGGCAGCACUCGGAGAUCUAGCAGGAGACCUCUUCAUUUUUGCAGCAACAGCUAUCAAGUUCAUUGACAAUCCAGAAGAGGAUCCGGAGGACAAGUUGAGCCUCAUUUUGACGAAUGUUCAUUCACGUGGUCAAAUCGAUCCAUUGUACAAGCAAGUUCUUGAUUUUGCUUUCGAUAAGAACGGGGACAACGAUCUACUUCAGCAUUUUCAAAAUGUUAUGGGAACGAUAGUGCACCUUAGGGAGCCCUUAACAAUACGAGGACUACGGAUGCUACUGAAUAUUUCAAGUAGCUCUGUAAGGAAGGUUAUUUCUCGUCUAUAUUCGGUUAUUAUCAUUCCUGAUACAGAGGAUGAGUAUAUUCGGUUGAUACACCCGUCAUUUCCUGACUAUCUGACGGACGAACGACGUUGCACCGACAGGAAAUACUUCAUCAACAAAGCGAGACAUCAUACAGAUGUCGCAUGUUGUGCACUUAGAUGCAUGUUAAAGGGUCUGGAAAGAAAUAUAUGCAAGUUGGAGGAGCCUCUCACACUGAACCAGGAAAUAUUAGACCUACCACGGCGAUUGGCGUCUCAUAUACCAUCCCAUCUACGCUAUUCCUGCUUCUAUUGGGGAUUUCACGUUUCUUCGGUCGAUCCUACAGAUGAAAUUCUGGAACUAUUGCACUCGUUCUGCACAACUAAGCUCCUCGCUUGGCUUGAAGUCCUUAUUCUGUACGGACAGAUUGAUAUUGCACUGGGGUGCAUAAGAUUGGUUCGAAAGUGGCUAUCUGUGAGUAAUCCAUUGAGCAUACUUGACGCCAUAGUGACAUGUUUCUUCAGCAUAAAGUGGAACCCUUGUUUAUCGAUACUGCGAGGACACUCUGACGAUGUCCGCUCGGUUUCAUUCUCGCCGGAUGGGUCAAAAAUUAUCUCUGCAAGUGACGAUACAACAAUGCGAAUAUGGGACGUGACGACUGGCACGGCCCUUUCUACAUUCAAUGAUAGCUCUAGUCUGAUUUCAUCGGUUGCAUUCACACCCGAUGGAUCAAAAAUUGUAUCUGGGAGUCAUAAUGGAGCACUGAAAAUAUGGGAUUCAAAGACUGGUAUAGUACUAUCGAUUCUCACGGGUCAUUCAGAUGUAGUCAACUCGAUAGAAAUAUCUCCUGAUGGAUUCUAUAUCGUAUCGGCGAGUAGCGAUAAGACCGCCCGGGUAUGGGGCUCUGGAAGGAUUACCACGUUCACGGGCCAUCAGGCGAGAGUUAAAUCCGCUGCAUUUUCUCCUGAUCAAACGAAGGUUGUUUCUGGAGGUCAUGAUAACGCUCUACGUAUCUGGGACUCGAAGAGUGGCGUAGAACUCAACACUCUUAAGGGUCACACUUAUUGGGUCAACUCAGUAGCAUUCUCCCCUGAUGGAAUGAAGAUUAUUUCGGGAAGUGAUGACCGGACUGUGAGGAUAUGGGAUUCAAUCACAGGAAAGACAAUUGCCAAACUCAAAGGCCAUUUGUACGCAGUCUUGUCCGUUGCAUUCUCAUUGGAUGGGGCAAAGAUUGUAUCUGGGGGACAUGAUAACGAUGUGCGUAUCUGGGACUCAAGUACCGGUAGAAUUCUCUCAAUUCUUGAUGGUCACUCACGUGCUGUCACCUCAUUCGCGCUCUCACCCGACCAAUCAAAGGUUGUAUCCGGGAGCCAGGAUCGGACUGUGAGAAUAUGGGAUUUGACGAGUGAAGCCAGUCUCACAGGGCUCGAUGAUCAUUCAGAUUGGAUCACCUCAGCU